CGCUGCUGACAUCACAGCAUCUCUCGCACUCUCAGGGAAGGGGUUAGGUGUAUCUCCUUCACCUCCCUGUGCAGCUGAGGCGAUCUUUGGCUCUUUAAGCUGCUUGAUGUAGCUCGUCUGUCUCAAGUGCUGUUGGCUAGCUGUGGUCUUCGCGUAGCUACUGCUGACGGCCUCCGGCCCCUCUUCUGAUCCACCACCGGUGGUUCCAAGAACAAGGGGCUUGGCCUAGAGAUUUCCAAGGGCCAACACUAGGCAGAGGACAACCACCUGGUAUACCAAAGGACUUUUCCAGGAGAUUCCGGGCAGUGCAAGACCCUGCUCUAAGAACAAUCCCUCAUGGAGCCAGAAGUCUUAGAAAUCUGCCCUUACAAUCCACACCACCGGAUUCCACUCAGCAGAUUCCAGUACCAUCUGGCAUCCUGUAGGAGAAAGAAUCCCAAGAAAGCCAAAAAGAUGGCCAGCUGCAAAUAUAACGCCUGCCACGUGGUUCCCAUUAAGAAGCUGGGAGAGCACGAGGCUUCCUGCGUCAACAGAAGCUCCAUGGAGGAAGAGAACAACUUGAGCCCUCUGCAAGUCAACCUCCCAGGCGCAGAGCCAGACAAGGAUCCGCUGCAGCUCUCCCCCUGGCUUUCCAGUUCUGACAUCUGGAACGUCGAAGGUGCCGACUGCCACCCGAUGUUCAUCCUGAAGACUUUUGUCCCACAAAAGCUGGUUUGUCAAAGUGAUGUGAGAGAGUCGGCAACAGAGGAGACCAAUGCCCAGAAGAUCCUCAGACCAGGACAGUAAAAAUGCCAGCCACAGGAAGGACCACAAGUGCAUCCAUCAUACGCGUGCAACAUGCAACUCAUUGGAAUAAAAGGUGUGCAAAGUA